AUGAGAUCAGACAUACGGAGAGCUUUGACAGAAGCAUUGGUUCUGACAGCAAAACAUGAAUUUGUGGAAGCAGCAAGAUGCGAGGAGUAUAUGCGAAAGGCAUAUGGGAAAGUAGGGGCUAAAUUGCUCCAACAUAUUAUUAUUGCGCUUGAGAACGGUACAGGGCAUUCAGGUGUGUCUGAUAUGGACGUCGAGCUAGGGGAAAAGAAAAUAACUGUCAUCAGUCACAAAGCAUUACCUAACGUCUCGAGUGCUCUACUCUGGCUCUGUCUUGCUAUAAGGCAGCCGCAGGCAGCAACAUUAUCGAUUUCGACCGCAAAUGUGAAGUAUGAGUGCCAGGGCAAAGCUACUCUGGAGGCACUCACGGAGUUCAAGCCGCACAGCAAUCAAGCGGAUUGUUGGCAAAAUCUAUUUGACUCAGCAAUUAUCGCCGUUGAGCCAUCCACAUCAAAAUCUUCAAUCUAUUGGCUGCAUCUAGAUUUUGAAGACCUGCUGCAGAUUUCUGCUGUAGAAUAUGCAGUAAAUGUUGGAUCUGGUCUUAUUCUCAUGGGAUACUCCUCUGCCUUGAUACCAAUGGGGGCAUGUGACAGCCAAACUAUGACGUGGCAUGUUGAGAUAUGUCCCCACGCCUCGCAAUUUAAGGUUUCAGAAGUUCAGGCCCUAAAAUCGGCUUGGCUAAAAACGCUAGAUAUCGAACAGCUUAAAUUAAAACGCGCGAGAGUUGGAUGGGUCUCUGGAACAGCAGUUCUUCUUGGCACUGAGAAGCUGCCGCCGACAGUCAGGUGGUCUAAGGCGAAACAGAAGCCUGUGAGGUGGAGCUGGAAGGGAGCCAAUCUUCAAGCAGUUGUUAGCUCUACUUCUCCUCUACAACUCGGACUUCAAGGAGCAGUAAGUUUUGAGCGACUCUCAUGCACUGUCCGGCUCAGCCCUUCGGGUAACUAUCUCAGACUCCUCAAUAGCAGUGUCGGAGAAGCCGUCAUAAUAUAUGACACAGAAGAGCGUCGUGCCUGGUUGGUCUCGCUGCUAAGUGUACUUCACCACAUGGUACUAGUCUAUUGCCGAGACAGUUCUGGCUUUCUCAAGUCACGGGAGCUACCAUUUGCAGAACCACAACCUGAUGGUGGACAAGCGUCUUGGACGACCCUGCGAGGAAGUGGAGAUGUCCUCAUCCAGCAGGAAGGAACGGACAAAUUGACCCUUCGUGACCUUGUGAUGGGUUUCUCAAUCAACUUCGCGAAAACAACGGUACAGAGGCCUCGUUUGAGAGAGAUUUACGGCUAUGAAUUUAUGGAUAUCGUUCACAACUCGCCAACAGCGGACCUAAAAACCAUCAACAUUGAGAGAACCGGCCUCUCCUGGAUACCGCUAUUGCAGAGCAUUCCCUGCCUAUUUAGCUCACGUCUUGGAGAUGCAAUUGUUGGAUCGAAAGCCUUGACUGAAAACACGCAUUGCAACAAACUGGUUCCUGGCCAGGAUCUCAUGGCUGCAUCCAUCCACUGCAUUAACAACAUAUCUCAACGCCAGGGUGGCUCUGAUACUGGACCCUAUCGCCUUCUUCCCGGAGGAUACAUAUGGAAGAUAAAAGGACGGCCAUUCCUAGACUGUGAGAGACUUGAUGAAAAGUGCACUUGCUGGGAGAAUAGGUCCUUCCUACAGCAUAUUUCCAAGCAAGGUCAAUUGCUCAACGGGGAAUGUCCGACAGCUGAGGUCUGCACGGAUGGAGCUGUGGUAUUCGGCAAAAUCUCAAAAUCCAUUAUCGGAAGCGUUGUUGAGUCUUUAUGCGGCAGGGUGGAGAACGCAUCGUGCAGUUCUCAACCUGCCAGUUCCUCGAGUUAG